CGCUAAUUACAUUGUAUACACGGAAUGAAAUGCAAGUGUACGCGGCGACACCGCACCGGCCGACAGCGUAAGCUGAGGUAAUGUUCAAAAUAAUAAUACUUAUUUCAAGCUGAGGGUCCGCGAACCUCACGCAUGGCCCGAUGCGCCUAUUCGUUCUCUCCCGCUGCCUAUUCGCGCGCGCGGCCCCCUCAGUCGCUCGCCAGCUCGCGCCGCAAGCGGACCUAUGUCUCUCGCAGAUUACCCCCGUUCGUAGUCUCCGACGAACAUAUUUUUAAUUGUUAAAAUAAACUGGUUUCCGUGUUCACGUGCCUCGUUCCCGGCUUUUGCUAACUGGAUCUCCUGUUUAUUCACAGCUAUUGUUUUUCUUUAGUGCAAAAUGUGAUGUUAUGUGUGUUCAACGAGCGUACCGUCCUGUGUAACGUUAGCCCAAAGUGAACUCAAUGGAUGUAAUGUGCUUUUGAAUUGAAAACGUUAAUCUUUUUGAUCCUUCGCAGCCGGAUUUUUCUCUGAGAUCCAGAGGAUGACAGUUACAUCUUCAUACAAACAGCUUUCCUGAUCGCUACCCCGGACAUGAUGACGAGAAAUCAGGACCCGAGGCUUUGCGAGAGGACGGGCGAACUACAUGUGAACGAUAAACAGCAAACGGCUGGCACGGAUGCUGUAAAGGCUGUUGAACAAGGCGUCAGAGUCAUGGUGACGGCGUGGCAGGUCAGCCGGCGGGUCGCCAACGUGCUCACCUCCAACGCAUUUAUUGUGGUGCUUAUAUCCUUGGAACUGUUAGCGUGGCGGAGCGGGGCGGCGGCGCUGGCGAACUGCCCGAGCGGCUGCAGCUGCAAUGAUGAGACCCUGGUGGUGGUCUGCGAGGAGAGCCGCCUGGACGUGCUGCCCAUCGCGCUCAACCCCUCCAUCCAGCGUCUCAUUAUCCGCAACAACAAAAUCAAAACCAUCGACAGCUCCAUGCAGUUCUACGCAGAACUGCAACACCUCGACCUCUCCCAGAACCACCUUGUUAACAUUCCCACUAAAAGCUUUGCCUACCAACGGAAAUUACAAGAGCUCCAUUUAAACCAUAACAAGAUAUCAUCAGUAACUAACACCACAUUCCAAGGCUUGAAUGCGCUGACGGUCCUCAACUUAAAACGAAAUUUCCUCGAGGAGCUGACGAACGGUGUGUUCUCGACUUUGCCAAGAUUAGAGGAACUGAACCUUGGUCAGAAUCGAAUAUCGAGGAUCGAACCAAAAGCAUUCGCAGGACUUACAGCUCUGAGGAUCCUUUACUUGGAUGAUAAUCAGUUGAGUUCUGUACCUACAAUGUCCUUUAGUCUUUUGGGAAGCCUGGCUGAACUGCACGUGGGACUCAACGCUUUCUCGUACCUGCCUGACGACACCUUCGCGGGUCUAAACCGCCUGGCUGUGCUCGACUUGAAUGGAGCCGGACUCUUUAAUAUAAGCGAGAACGCAUUCAGAGGCCUUCCAGGUCUUAGAAGUUUGAAUCUCUUCGGGAAUAGACUAAGCGUAGUACCCACGCAGCAACUAGGUGGACUUACGAGAUUGGAAGAGCUGUACAUAGGCCAGAAUGAUUUCGUAGCGUUAGAAAGCCACUCAUUCAAAGGCUUGAAAAAUCUGAAACUCUUAGACAUUACUGGUGCUGCCCAGUUGGAGAGAGUCGAGAAAGGAGCUUUGGAGGACAACAUAAACUUGGAAACUAUCGUACUGGCCAAUAAUAAGAAACUAUCAGUGAUAGAAGAAGGUACUUUACUCGGCUUGCCUAAGCUGAAACAUGUUACGCUUAGAGACAACGCCAUUGUUACGAUCAGUGAAACUGUGUUCGUCGGAAAAGAGCUGAGACAACUGGAUAUCACUGACAAUCCUAUUUCCUGCGACUGCCAACUUCUUUGGCUGCAUGAAUUAUUGAAUGAGAAGAGUAAUUUCACUCAAAUCCAAUGCGCGGAGCCACUACAUUUGAAGGACAAGUACUUACGUACUAUAACUGCAGACGGUUUGGGCUGCGCCGUUCACGACACGCGGCAGCAAACGAUUAUAUGUGUCGUAGUAGUCGCCUGCGUGGCUUUCCUAGCAUCACUCGUGCUCGUGCUGUAUCGCUACCGCAAGAGCAUGCACGAGAAGCUCAAGGACUACAAGUGGAACAAGCGCGCGAUGCGCAAAGACUUGGAAUACCACAAGCCCAUCUCCACCGAAGAAGACUGCAUCCUAGAGCUUUACGCCUCCCCCAGCGUGUUCUUCAUGUCGGGCCAGCAGCAGGGCUCGGCGCGGCGCGCGCGGGGAGGCGGCGGCGGCGGCACGCUGCCCGCCAACGGCUUCACGUACAUCGGCGGCGACCGCCCGCCCCCGCUCACGCUCAACAACGGCGCGCCCGCGCUGCUCAACAACGGCUCGCUGCGCUCGUUGCCCGACAAGAAGAACAACCGCAACGGCUUCGUGUGCCACGAGAACUUCCCGCGCGCGGACCGCUACUCUCGCAAGCAGGAGAACGGGUACAUUCGCAACUCGGAAACCAUUAUCGGCUUCCCGCGAACUCGCGACUACGACGACUACAGCGAGCCCGAGUACUCGGUGAUCGCGGAGGCCGAUCGCGACUAUCGUUCGUGCGCGCACUCCAACACCUUCAACUGUUGAGCCCGGGAGGCGUGAACUUUCAAUCGUUUGUGAUCUUGUAAUUCUAGCAAUAAAUCUUCAUUCCAUUAAGUUUUUCUAUGGAGGACCUUGUGAUGGGACUUAGUGUAGCGGUUAGUGACGUUUAGAACUUCGGGAUCGGUGUACGUGCGACCAGUGAGGACUAUGUAUCGUAUUCGGUUUAAGAGAGUACAUUAUUUGUAAAUUAUAAAUUUAAGUAGCGAUGGAUCUAUUUUUCGAUGGGGCGGAGGGCGGUUGGAAGUGAGACUUUCAUGAAGACGCCCGUCUGUACAGACUAGUCGCGUGCGGCAAGCGCCGCUGCCACGUAAGGUCGCCUUUGCACUUUUGCACCUGCGUUCCUACUUACGCGAAUAAAACUUACAAGUACAAAGGCGGGGUAAAUACAUCAUCAUCUAUGUGAUUCGUAAGUAUCCUACCUAUGGGUAGGCGGUACUUUGUAUUUGUUUUGUACAAAAACCAUUCCAUAAGUCUUUUUAAUGUCUAAAUUUUUAUUUAUAACGAAUAAAUAUUAAGUGUGCGUUAAAUAAGACACCAAUAUGAAUGAUAGGUAACCUAUUAUAGGAUUAAUAAAUGUAAAUAUAUUUAUACUAUAUUGAGAUAUUUAUAAAAUUUAAUACGAUCUUAUUCUUCUUAAAGUUUCAUAAAAUUAUUUCUGUAUUUCACUUACAUUAGUAUGACUAGUUUAAUCGGGCCCCUGGUAUCGUAUUUCCUCCUCGUCACUAUUGUUAAUACAUUGUAUUUCAUAUUAGGUACGGCAGCACCCACUUCUUACCUGUAUGUCUCACUUUUCGCUCAAAUCUCACAAAUGCAUAACGGACCUACUUAAGUUUCAGUGAAAUUGUAGAUGCCGUAAAAUGGGGUGAUUUAGGAAUGACGGGGUUAAAUGACAACUUAUAAUUUUCUAAAUUAACUUGAUCCAUUCAAGUAAACAGCAUAAAAUACAACUACCAAAAAUAUCGAAAAAAAAAUAGCAUUUCAAGGUCACCUCAUUCUGCUGUAGGUACAUAUUCUCAUGUCGCAACGAUUUUUUGUUAAUAUUUAAGUUCAUCAUUGCCAUUACAUGAUUACAGUAAUUAAUUAUGUCAAAAUAAAAUAUGUAAUCUUUAAGAGAUGUUGAUAUUUAAAUCAGCUACAAUAAGUGUGCUACUGAAAGCAAUACAUAAUAUUAAAACUGUUAUAGAUAUAUUUCACAAACUUGUAAAGGCUAUUUAUCAAUAAAUAGAGAACUUAACUUACAAUACAAACGAAAGACCCAAUAAAAAGAUAUCAGAAAAUUCAUAAAUUACAAUGCCCGUUUCUUUAUUUAUUUCGUUUGAAGCUAAAUAGAGCGAAUAAGUAUCUAAUCUCGACGUACGACGAGAAUGAAAUAUUAUAGCCAUCAUGUUAUAAAAGCUAGAGCUUGGCAAAAAAGAGCAGAAAUAAAAAGUGUCAACACUGUAGUGUCGUCCUUUUUAAACCAAUUUAUAUAAGAAAACGGGACGACACUACAGUGUUGCCACUUUUUAAUUUCUACUCUUUUUUUGCCAAGCUGUAGGUAAGUGUUGCAAUAUAAAAUGUAAAAAGUUUUUUAUUUAUUAAUACUAGCCUAACCAUAGUCUGAUAAUUUUAAAGCACUUAGAAAUAUUCUGUUAUACUAUGCGCUAGAUGCCUGCCACGUUAUAAGUAUCUUACGACAUUUUUACGAAUAAAAUUAUUUGACUUGUUUAACGUAGGUACAAUGUAGUUCGGAAAAUUGAGUUCCUUUUAAUAUUUGCAAUGUAAUUUACACAGGGUCUGAGAAGUUCGAAUAUGGAACGAAUUUAAGCUGUUCGAAUUUCGAAAUUCAGAGUUGCAGUCUAUGGGAGCUAAAAUUCGUGGAAAUCAGAAUGCCGAAUGAAUACGAGUACACUUUGCAUAAGUUACCCAAUAACGUUAAUAUUUUUCCGCGUAAAUUGGAAUAACGUCAAGUCUAGGAACUUGAGGAAACGUGAAAACCGUUAUACGAAAAAUAUUUUUUAAACCAAUUCAACGAACGAAACGAAUGUUUUUUGUGUAGCUAAUAUAUAUUUUAAAAAAAUCUGGGGGUCACGUAAAAGUAACGAGAGUCACGAUUUCUUUCCUUGUUUUUUUAAAUAACGAAACAAAUUUAAGUGUCAAUAACAGGUAUAGGGUAAAAAGAACCCGUAUCCAGAGAUCAAUUAGCACUAAAAUAUGUAACUUGAAUGAAAGGGACAUACAAUAAAAUGGUGACUCGCGUUACUCUUGCCGCGACCCAGAAGUGUCUUCAGGUUUCCAAUACAAUUUGCUUAUGUUCUACUGAUCAUUCGAACUACUCCUACUACUACUUAUUUGUGGAUAAGAAUCCACUCCAAAAAUACAUGUACUUUAAAAACUUUUCUCUAACUAAACGUUGAAACUUGAUCUUAUGGUGGCGUAUGUUCAUACUUCAUGUAAAUAUGGAGAAUAUAAAGACUAAGAUAUGUGGGCAUGCGUUCGUGCCUCGUGGAUGCCUAAACAUGUAUACAACUAAAUGAAUACAUAUGAAAAAUUGUGAUUAGUGUACAUAACAUUAUCUACACGACGUUGUAAUAGAAUCAUCGGUCAUUUUCUGUAUUUUAUUGUAGUUAUUACCUACAUACAAACUCGAUAAAUAUAACAUACCUCAAAUUUA